GAAGGAAGAAAGAGAGGGGGGCUGUCGGUGAUGUACAGCGAGUUUGGUCUGAGGCGGGUUAUUUUUGGGAGAGAGCGCGCACAGGAGCCUCAAACGCAGAGAGGGAGCGAGACAGAGCGCACAGCUCACAGCAGACGCGCAGAGGAACGACUGCGAGACAGACGCACGGAUUCCACUGUCAUUCAACGGCAUCUCUGCACACUGGACCCGUGCAACAGAUUGGUAACAAGGACGAAAUGAGUUCUAUACCUUUUUAGUGGAAACCUGUGCAUUUUAAAUCUUUUUAACGAGUGCGUUUUUUCUUCGUCUCAUUCUUGGAAAAUCAACGCAAAUGACUGAGAAAGAAGUGCGUUUUAUUUGUUAAACUGGGACUGACUCCUGCUACUUUUUGUAGUAUUGGAAUUUAUCAAAAAUGUAUCCAGUGAAAGAGAAGAGACUCUUUUUGGCGAAAAUGUGGAAACUUGUGGCUCUGUUAUUUUUAGCAAACCAUGUCUCCGGGAAGACGUUAAAAUACCAGAUUUACGAGGAACAGAAAGUAGGCACCGUCAUUGCUAGACUCAGAGACGAUGUGGCGGAUAUUUUGGCCAAACUUCCCAGCUCGGUGUCUCUGCGCUUCCGAGCCAUGCAGAGGGGCACAUCUUCCCUGCUGACAGUGCGUGAGCAGGACGGAGAGAUCAGCGUCAGGACCAAGAUCGACCGCGAGAAACUCUGUGAAAAGAACCUAAACUGCUCCAUCCAGUUCGACGUGUUAACGCUGCCAACGGAGCACUUGCAGCUUUUCCAUGUUGAGGUGGAAGUACUGGACAUAAACGACAACGCGCCCCAGUUCGCUCGCCCUGUCAUUCCCAUUGAAAUCUCUGAGAGCGCGGCGGUGGGAGCGCGCAUUCCAUUGGACAGCGCCACAGACCCAGACGUAGGGGAGAACUCGCUUUACACGUACGCGUUAGAGCCAAACAAUUUCUUCAAGAUUGACAUUCAGUCCAGGAGCGACGGGGUUAAGUACGCGGAGCUUGUGGUGCUUAGGGAGCUUGACCGAGAGGUGCGCUCCGGUUAUGAACUUCAGUACACGGCGUCUGACAGGGGCGUACCCCAGAGGACCGGCUCCACUCUCCUCAAAAUCAGCGUCACCGACUCAAACGACAACAGCCCAGUGUUUGAAAAGUCCUCUUAUGUCAUCAACCUGCCUGAAAACUCCCCGGUUGGCACUUUGCUCAUUGACCUGAACGCCACAGACGCAGACGAGGGCACCAACGCUAAGAUAGUGUACUCUUUUAGCAGUCAUGUGGCCCCCAAAAUCAUGGAGACGUUCAAAAUCAACCCCGACACUGGCCACCUGACCCUGCUUCGGCGCGUGGACUAUGAAGCUGUUAACUCCUAUGACAUAGACGUCCAAGCUCAGGACAUGGGACCUAACUCCAUGCCCGCUCACUGCAAAAUCCUGGUCAAAGUUGUAGACGUGAACGACAAUAAGCCAGACAUAAGCAUUAACCUCAUGUCCUCCCAGGGAAAUGGAGAUGCAGCUUACAUCUCCGAGGCUUCCCCUUUGGACACUUUUGUGGCUUUGGUGCGAGUGGAGGACUUGGACUCUGGCUUGAACGGCGAAGUGGAGUGCAAAUUACACGGCCAGGGUUAUUUUAAGCUGCAGAAGACGUAUGAGAAUAAUUACAUGAUAUUAACCAACGUUUCGCUAGACAGAGAGAAGAGAUCAGAGUUCAGCCUCACUGUGGUGGCUGAAGACAAAGGCACUCCAAGUCUCUCCACGAUCAAGCACUUCACUGUUCACGUGACUGAUGAGAAUGACAACCCCCCACGUUUUGAGAAAGGUAGAUAUGAGAUCUUUAAGUCAGAAAACAACGCACCAGGGGCAUAUCUUACCUCUAUUAUGGCUACUGACCCUGAUCUGGAUACCAAUGGACAAGUUAGUUAUUCAAUCCUCGAAAACUCAGUUCAUGGGAGUUCUAUUUCCACGUAUGUCACCAUUGACCCAUCUAACGGUGCCAUCUACGCCCUGCGCACGUUCGACCGAGAGGACGUUAGCCGUAUCUCUUUUGUGGUUCAAGCCAAAGAUUCAGGAAAGCCACCACUGUCAAGCAACGCUACAGUGAUUUUGAACAUCCUGGAUGAGAACGACAAUCCGCCAAUCAUUGUUGUCCCUCAGCUUUGGAACUUUAGCGCUGACAUUCCCGCAUCAAAGUUUACAGAGGCAGGGCAGUUAGUGACAGUAGUCAGAGCAACAGAUAGGGACACAGGAGUCAACGCUGAGCUCAUCUGCUCCAUUGUGAGUGGGAAUGACGAGGGGUUCUUUCUUAUCGAUCAAAGAACAUGCGAGAUACAUGCCAAUGCCAGCUUGGAGAACUUUCCUCAUGAGCAUGCCGAGCUGACAGUUGUGGUCCGAGAUCAAGGGAGUGAGAGUCUAAGUGCCAAAGCAGCUUUAAAAAUCACCCUUUAUGAGAACAUUGAGAACCACGUGCAGGUGAUGGACCAGGGUGAAUCCUCUCUGGAUGUAUCCCUCAUCAUCAUCAUUUCCCUCGGGGCCAUCUGCGCCGUCCUCCUGGUCAUCAUGGUUGUCUUCGCCGCUCGCUGCAACCGGGAGAAGAAGGACACCAGAAACUCUUACAACUGCAGAGUGGCCGAAUCAACUCAUCAGCACCAUCCAAAGAAGCCCUCUCGCCAAAUCCACAAAAACGACAUCACCUUGGUACCUACGGUGAACGGGACACUGCCGAUCCGAUCUCACCAUCGCUCGCCCUCCACGACGCCCCCUAUGGACCGCGCGCAGAUGGGCAGCCGGCAGAACCACCACAGCCGUCAGUCCCUCAACAGCUUGGUGACCAUCUCGUCCAAUCACAUUCCAGAGAGCUUCGCCUUGGAGCUCGCACACGCCACUCCACCGGUAGAGCAAGUCUCACAGCUUCUGUCCAUGCUCCAUCAGGGCCAGUACCAGCCCAGACCCAGUUUCCGCGGCAACAAAUACUCCCGCAGCUACAGGUAUGCGUUACAAGACAUGGACAAGUUCAGCCUGAAGGACAGUGGCCGUGGGGACAGCGAGGCGGGGGACAGUGACUGUGAAAUGGGCCGAGAAUCCCCCGUGGACAGGCUGCUUCUGGGGGAGGGCUUUUCUGACCUCAUCCAUCUCGAGAUGCACCAUCGACUCCACCCAGCUAUGAGACUGUGCACAGAUGAAUGCCGCGUCCUGGGACAUUCGGACCAGUGCUGGAUGCCCCCUCUGUCUUUACCCCAAUCCUCAUCUGACUACCGCAACAACAUGUACAUACCCGGGGAGGAAUCUACCCAGCAACCCCAGCAGCAGACGGAUGACGACCAGUCCUCUGUCGAUUCGGAGCGUCGUAAAAGUUUCUCUACUUUCGGGAAGGAGCCCGGCAGCGAGGAGGCAGUGGGCGGAGCUGUGGUGGGAGGAAAUGAUGUCGCAGGUGGCGGGGCUGGAUCCCUUCUCAAUGAGAUGAACAGUGUUUUCCAAAGGCUCCUCCCCCCAAAUGUAGAUAGUUACGCAGAAUGUAAUGAAACUAGCCAGCCUGUGCCUCCUCCAGCUAGCGAUAGGGCUGUGGGGCGAGCUAAUGCUAAUGCUAACAAUGCUGUACCCCAGGACAGUAGAAGGGGGUUGUUACCGGGCGGGAAAGGUGCAGCUUAUCCCCCUGGUGUGGCAGCGUGGGCGGCUAAUACCCACUAUUUAAAUCCAGCGUCAAACAACCACAUUUCAAACACUUCAACAGCCACAUCCACGUCCACUUCGACCUCCACAAACGGGCAGCCCCCUCAUCUCAAGUGGCUCCCGGCCAUGGAGGAAAUCCCUGAAAAUUACGAAGAAGACGAGUUUGAUGGAGUUUUUCAUCAGGGCGGUAAGAGGAACGAGGGUCGCCAUGACACCAACGUGGACGCUAGCGAGUUGGUGCAUGAGAUCAACAAACUGCUGCAGGACGUGCGGCAGAACUAGAGACUUGUGUGGGUUCACUGUGUCAUAGGGGUCAUUUCACUUCACUAAACUGCUUCUUUGUGCCAACAAAUAUAGACUUUACAAAGACUGUGGCCAGUUCAUGUUACAGCUUGUCCUAUUUGUUUUACCAAAUAUCUCCUUAUGCUAAGUGCUUGCUGAGAGACUCUUAGAUAAAACAAAGCACUGAAGUGUCUUGAAGGCAUCAAAGAGCGCAUUCAAAGAACAGAUUGUUCUAUUCCUAUCGGCCGCUCUUGAACUUUAUCUUGAAUGAGGGAUUUCAAGUAGAGAUCCACCAAACUGUACCCUCUCUCCAUUCAUGUUUACAGCUGACUCCAUGGGGAACAGUGGUCUAGUUUUUGCUUUUACAGUGUACAAUAUUGUACAGUGUUUGUGAAAACAGCAAAAAUCACUUCAAUAUUGUGCUCUGUUUCUGUUUUUGUUAUGAUGGAAUGUAACUGUACAAUUUGAACUUUGUAUUUUAAAAAUACACUCUUUUUUACUUCUAUAUAUUUAUAUGUGUCCAUGUAUGUUUGUACAGAAAGGAAGAAAACAAAUGUCUAUUUUUUAUAUUGUCACUGCAUGUCUUAAUCACUAAAUGUGUCUGUCGUCCAUUUUUCUGUUAUUUUAUAAAACUGUAUUUAAUUUUGUUCCUGAAAGUGUGCGUGUGUACCAAAAUAUCACAUUCCAAUGCGUGUCAUGUUGGAAUUUGACUUUUGUAUGGUAUUAUUGUGACCAGUGGCUGAAAAAUAAAGUGACGCGAUUCAU